GCUCGUCGAUUAUUCAAGUGAUUAGUACAUAGUUCGGGUGCACAAAAUGCUGCAACAGAAUCAAUCGUCAUCAUCACCGUUGCUCCUUCAUUUGAAUGAUGUUAUCAAGUCCACGAAUUCCACACCGACACCCACACUCACACCCACACACACCGUAAUCGCCGUGCGUCCGCAACGUCCGUCAUCUCCACGCCAAUUCUUCGAGCGUCUCUACGGUCAUCUUGAGACGCGCACCCACAACAACAACAACAACAACAGUGAAAACGGAGACAUCGAUGUGGGCACCCACAUCGAGACUCCUUACCAGAGCGAUGGGGGCAGUGUUUCCUCGCCGGAUGUAUCCAUCAGUGAUGAGCGCGUCUCGUUAAUCAGUUUUCCGCCUUAUGAGCUGCAUCCGCCACCGUCGGACUAUAAUACCUACAGAGCUUUAUCGAAUGGAACUUCGCCUACGGUUCUCCCUUAUACGGCCUUCCCGAGUGAUCCUCACAUUACGGCCGGAUUUUCCGCAUUUCUGGCGCGACGUCGUCGCAAGGAGGGACGCCAGAGACGCCAGCGUACCACGUUCAGCACGGAGCAGACACUCCGCCUGGAGGUGGAGUUCCAUCGCAACGAGUAUAUAUCGAGAAGUCGACGCUUUGAGCUGGCGGAAACGUUGCGUCUCACAGAGACACAGAUCAAGAUCUGGUUCCAGAAUCGACGGGCCAAGGAUAAGCGCAUUGAGAAGGCCCAAAUUGAUCAGCACUACAGGAACUUUGUCGUGGCCAAUGGUUUUAUGAGCACUAUUAUGGGCCAGACCAGUUACGCGACGGCUGCCCCAGCAAGCAGCGCAGCGGCAGCGACGCCGACGGCAACAAUGCUUGCCACAAACGGUGGCGUGGGCUACUAUGGAGCACCUGGAGGAUUACAGAGCCUGUUGCCAGCGCCGCUGCCAAAGGACUCAGUCAUCAACAACAACGUGACUCGUGAUCGUGCCGAUAUUAAUUAUGCCAACAUUGAGGAUCAACAUCUCCAUCAUCAGCACGAACUGCAUUCCAAUUUGCAACAGCAGAACCAGCAGCCGCAGCAGCAGCAUCGACGCAGUCGCUUUCUGCCUCCGCCGACGCUGAUCAAUUCGUGUUAGCAUUCUCAAAAUUUGUCUAAUUUAAUAGAGCUUUAAAUCAUU